GCAGAGGCCGAGGAGAAAGCGGUUUCUACCAAAGAAGUUUUGAUGAAGUGGAGGGUGGAUUUGGGCGAGGAGGGGGCAGGGAAAUGCACAGAUCACAGAGUUGGGAGGAAAGGGGAGACAGACGCUUUGAAAAACCAGGGCGAAAAGAUCCAGUGAGACCAAACUUUGAGGAAGGUGGGACAGCAACAGCGGGAAGGAAGCAUGAGUUUAUACGCUCUGAGAGCGAGAACUGGCGCAUUUUCAGGGAGGAACAAAAUGGGGAAGAUGAUGAUGGAGGCUGGCGACUGGCUGGGUCACGAAGGGAUGGUGAGAGGUGGCGCCCUCACAGUCCAGACGGCCCUCGUUCUGCAGGCUGGCGAGAACACAUGGAGCGACGACGGAGGUUUGAAUUUGAUUUCCGAGAACGAGAUGAUGAACGGGGUUAUCGACGGGUACGGUGUGGGAGUGGCAGCAUGGAUGACGACAGGGACAGUCUCCCUGAGUGGUGCUUAGAAGAUGCAGAAGAAGAAAUGGGAACAUUUGACUCCUCUGGAGCGUUUCUUUCUCUAAAGAAGGUGCAGAAGGAGCCAAUCCCUGAGGAACAGGAGAUGGACUUCCGACCUGUGGAGGAAGGGGAGGAAAGAUCUGACUCUGAAGGGAGCCACAAUGAAGAAGCCAAAGAUCAUGAAAAGACCACCAAGAAAGAGGGGGAGAAAACAGAUAGAGUAGCAGCAGAAGCAGUGGAAGAAGCAGUCCAAACAUCUUCACCAGCUGCCAGCUCAGAUACCCCACCGAAAUCCCAGCCUCCAGACCCACUGCAGACGAGCCUUUUUGAAAGGAAGGAAGAGUCUGUGCCAGAAAGAACAGAAAAAACAGAAGAUAAAGAGAAUCGAACGGAGAAUACACCACCAGCCAAAAUCUCCAACAGAGGGGAAGAUUUGGCUUCUGUUGCUCAACCUUUGCCGCAGAUUUCUGCAGACGCAGCUUCUCCUGCUCAUCUUUCUCCUCCUGUUUCCAAUUCAAAUCCUGCUCUGCGGCCAGUUCAGACACCUGUCACAGCUGCGCCAGGCAUGGGCAACAUUCCCACUGACCCAGAUGAUGAAGAGGGCCUCAAACACCUAGAGCAGCAAGCAGAGAAAAUGGUGGCGUACCUGCAGGACAGUGCCCUUGAUGAUGAAAGACUAGCAGCAAAAAUUCAAGAGCACAGAGCAAAGGGUUCUUCCAUGCCCUUGUUCCAUGAAGCCAUGCAGAAGUGGUACUACAAAGACCCACAAGGAGAAAUUCAGGGUCCUUUCAGUAAUCAGGAGAUGGCAGAGUGGUUCCAGGCUGGAUACUUCACUAUGUCGCUGUUGGUUAAGAGAGCCUGUGAUGAGACUUUCCAGCCACUUGGAGACAUCAUGAAAAUGUGGGGCAGGGUUCCCUUCACUUCAGGUCCAGCACCGCUUCCACAUCUGGGUGAGCUGGACCAGGAGCGGCUGACUAGACAACAAGAGUUGGCCCUGAUCCAAAUGCAGCACCUCCAGUAUCAGCAUCUUUUAAUACAGCAACAAUAUGCACAGGUGCUGGCUCAGCAGCAAAAGGCAGCCCUCUCAUCCCAGCAGCAGCAGCAGCUUGCUAUUCUCUUGCAACAGUUCCAGGCCCUGAAGAUGAGAAUAUCUGAACAGAACAUGAUGCCACCUGUUACAAGGUCUGUGUCAGUGCCGGACACUGGCUCAAUAUGGGAACUUCAGUCAGCUUCACAACCUACAGUCUGGGAAGGAAGCAGUGUCUGGGAUCUCCCCAUUGAUACUGCAGCUCAGGGACCAGCUCUAGAACAACUUCAGCAGCUCGAGAAGGCCAAAGCUGCAAAGCUAGAGCAAGAGAGGAGAGAAGUGGAAAUGAGGGCCAAACGAGAGGAAGAGGAGAGGAAAAGGCAGGAGGAGCUUCGGAGGCAACAAGAAGAGCUACUUAGGAGGCAGCAGGAAGAUGAGAGGAAACGACGGGAAGAAGAAGAACUGGCCCGCAGGAAGCAAGAGGAAGCCCUGAGGCGACAACGAGAGCAGGAAAUUGCACUAAGGAGGCAGCGGGAAGAAGAGGAGCGGCAACAACAGGAGGAAGCACUUAGAAGAUUGGAAGAGAGAAGAAGAGAAGAGGAAGAGAGACGGCAGCGAGAGGAGUUAAUUCGUAAACAGGAAGAGGAGGCUGCCAAGUGGGCACGUGAAGAGGAGGAAGCUCAACGGCGACUUGAAGAAAGUCGGCUACGUAUGGAAGAAGAGGCAGCCAGACAGCGGCUCGAAGAAGAAGAGCGAAAGCGCAAGGAGCUGGAACUCCAGCGCCAGAAAGAAAUAAUGAGACAGAGGCAACAGCAGCAGGAGGCUUUACGACGGCUGCAACAGCAGCAGCAGCAGCAGCAACUUGCACAAAUGAAGCUCCCUUCAUCUUCAACAUGGGGUCAGCAAUCAAAUUCAGGAGCUUGUCAAUCCCAGACCACACUGUCAUUGGCAGAAAUCCAGAAGUUAGAAGAAGAACGAGAACGGCAGCUUCGAGAAGAGCAAAGACGUCAGCAGCGUGAACUAAUGAAGGCCCUCCAGCAACAGCAGCAGCAACAGCAGCAAAAAUUGUCAGGCUGGGGUAAUGUCACCAAACCAACAGGCACCACCAAGUCCCUGCUGGAGAUACAGCAGGAGGAGGCAAGGCAGAUGCAGAAACAACAGCAACAGCAGCACCAGCAGCCGAACAGAGUCAGAAAUACUACGCACUCUAACCUGCACACCAGCAUUGGGAAUUCAGUGUGGGGCUCCCUAAACACUAAUCCCAGCAACCAGUGGGCAUCUGACCUAGUCAGUAGCAUCUGGAGUAAUGCUGAUACCAAAAACUCAAACAUGGGUUUCUGGGAUGAUGCAGUGAAGGAAGUGGGACCUCGUAACUCGACCAAUAAAAACAAAAGCAAUGCCAGCCUCAGCAAAUCUGUAGGUAUUACAAGUAGACAAAACAAGAAGGUGGAAGAAGAGGAGAAGCUGUUGAAAUUGUUCCAGGGGGUUAAUAAAGCCCAGGAUGGAUUCACUCAGUGGUGUGAACAGAUGCUUCAUGCACUCAACACAGCCAACAAUUUAGAUGUUCCCACGUUUGUUUCUUUCCUGAAGGAAGUGGAGUCUCCCUAUGAGGUCCAUGAUUACAUCAGAGCCUAUCUUGGAGAUACUCCUGAGGCCAAGGAGUUUGCCAAGCAGUUUCUUGAGCGCCGUGCCAAACAGAAAGCCAGUCAGCAGCGGCAACAGCAGCAGCAACAGGAUUCAGUGUGGGGGAUGAACCACAGUUCGCUACAUUCGGUCUUUCAGACCAAUCAGAGCAACAACCAGCAAUCCAAUUUUGAGGCUGUGCAGAGCGGGAAGAAAAAGAAGAAACAGAAAAUGGUUCGCGCAGAUCCCAGCUUGUUAGGUUUUUCAGUGAAUGCCUCAUCAGAGCGGCUCAAUAUGGGAGAAAUAGAGACUUUGGAAGACUACUGAGCAUGUGCAAAUCAACUGGCUUUUCCUGCAUCUGUUAACCAUGGAUUCUCCGUUUUUGGACACAGUACUCUCCACCAUGCGUUCUUCUUCGCCUCGCAGUGAAUCACAGAAUCAGUCAUCUCAGGCUGCUUCCUCUAGCCCCAGCAAACCCUUUCUGCCCAGGACUGCACAGGCGUCGUUCCUACUGUCAGCCUAGAGUCAAGUGGACUGUGUUCAGAGUCCUGGGAGGGUGGGAGAUAGGAUUCGUUCACAACGAGGCUGAUUUGGGCAGCAAGCUUUCACUGUGCUGUGAUUUCUUCUGCUGACAUACCUGGAAAAAAAAAAAAUCAAUUGGGAUUCUGCAAACCAUUGCUUCCCUCUCCUGGUUACUCUUACCACAUCCAACACGUGCAGUCGUGGAGAGAGAGAGAGAGAGUUUGUGGUUAACAGAUGUUGGUCAAAACCAAAAUGCCACACAGAUACUGACUUCCGCGCUCCAUCAGGGCAAGAGGUGCUCUCCCAAGCCAGGAGUUGCAUUCAUAAGCUAACCUUAGAACUGGCAACAGCAGGAGAGGGGCGGUGGCGGGCGCAGUUUAGCUUGGGUUGGUUUGAAGUUGCACACCCCCUGCCAGCCCUUCUCAGCACAUUAUUUUUGGAGGGAAAGCUCGAGUCUGUCUUCGUUAGGUGGUGAUGCUGAAGCUGGUGGAGUUCCCCGUCGGCAUACUCCAGCCUUCCUGGACAAGUGGGGACUUCUGCUCGGGGGGAAAAAAGUGGGAUGGCAUCUCUUCUUUCAGGUUGAAUUGAUCCCUUAAAUGCUACCUUCGGAGGGUUAGGACCAGUUUAUUUUGAGCUCUUUUCCUGCAAAUUUGUCUCGUUUAAGAGACAGUAGGAUCUUUACUGUGUGGAUCUUUAGUCUUUGGUGAGGGUGAACACUGGCUUUCAGAUAUAUACCCCAGCAGUCUUAGCUAGUUGUCAUUUCAAGCAGUGCUUAGGUUAACGAGCAGAGAUGCCCUUUUGUCGUGAAGAGAGACUGUGGAGGGCGAAGCUAUGUGCAAUGAUGGCCCUGCUUAUCUUCUACACCUUAAACUACUUCACACACCUUCACUGGGAUCCGUAAUGUUUAACUAUUUAUGGAAUCAUAACCUUCCUCUCUCACCAAAAGAUUAACGCCACCUUCCCUUCUCCACCCACCCACGUGCACACACCACAAAAAGAAAAGGAAAACUGCCAAAUGCACUUAGUGUUCAACCCCCUGGUCCCAUCUACCAUUCCCAGAGGGUUAUAACCUGCCGGGGGAGAUACGCUACAGUUUUGGUGGAGUUGUGUAAAGGUGUCUGUCUUUCUGUCAUCACUGCCUAAAGAAAACAGUUCGAGUUGCUCAAGAGCAGUUUGGCUUUGGAUUUUAUUUCGUUUGGUUUAUUCGUUUUUGGGGUCACCUUCCCCUCCUCCUCCUCCUCUCUCUUCCCCCUGCCCCCAAACAUGUACAGUAACUAUACAGAGACUGCUGCAGACUUGUAUAUAGUUUUUGGAUCCAAUAGCAUGGAGAGACUUGGAACUGUUGCAAAUCUGGUCUCCCUGUCUCCUUUGCUUUGUAAAUUCAUAAAAGGGGGAAGAGGGGUAGUUAAAAUGUUUACAAAACUUUAAACUCCCUCUGAACUUUUGCCAGUGUGGGGGGGGGGAAAGAGAGAACUUAAAUAAAACCUGGUUGUAUUAUAUCUGA